ACAAAAUGUGGCAUGUUUAGAUGUAAGAGGCGACAUAAUAAUGGAUUCACAGUCAUCAAGUAGACUAUCGCAUCAGACUGAUCUUUCUUCCUGGGUCUCCCCCUCCAAGUUCUCUGAAUUUGAAGCUGAAUUUCGUAAAAGUAAGUAUUGGUUACGGGGUUAUUAUGAUGAUGAACCUCCUUGUGAAUAUCACGUUGUAGUACCAGGAAAUCAAAUUCCAGAGUGGUUCAACCAUCAAAGCGUUGAAAGUUCCAUAUCAUUGUGGGUUGGUCCAGAAUUUCCAACAUUUGCUCUUUGUCUUGCUUUUAGUCGGGCGGGUGAAGAUGAAUACGGUUAUGUUUGUGUUGUUGACAUUUUCACCAAUGGUCAUAAACAAACGCUCUUAAAGAAAUUCUUUUGUAGAAUGCGUUGUGAUCAUCUGUGGUUUUACGGUGUAUCUCAUAACCAGUUGCAGCAAGAUUUUAGAAACUUGAUUCAAGGAGAUCAGAAUCAUGUUAAAAUUUCAUGUAAAAUCUCUUGUUGGACUGAUGAAACUGGCGGAGAAAUAUCUCCUACCAUUGCUAGGAUGGGAGUCCAUGUGAAAUGUAUUUGUGGUCUUCAUAAUUCCUUUAUCAGCCAUGAAAACCAUGAUGAACUAGUCCAACCACGAGGGAAUCGAAUUUCAAAGAGAAUUGUCCACCAACGGCUCAAACCAUUUCUUCCUCGAGGUUGCCGUUUUAUCCUGCGCAAACUAUACCAUACCCUGUGCCCGACCCAGAGUGCUUCUGGUCAACCAUUACUAAAAGCGCGAAAAAUCAGUAACAAGAGGAAGAGGCCCUUGGUGGCAGGGAGUAUCAGUUUUUUGUAGGGAGCUCAAGACCAUUGCCAUGGUGAACCAAAAAUAAAAAACUAAAGUGACUUCGCCUAAAAAAGGAGCAAGGUCGAAGAAUAUGCGACCCUCUUGAUAAAAAAUUUGAGUGAAGAAAUAUGCCAAGGUACUGCUAAUGCAUUUUGCUCCAUCCCUUACAAAGCAUAUUCAAAAUUUCAUCUAAAAUUUUCUCAAGCUGCUGAAACUAUUGGCAAUUCAAAAUACUGGAGCUCCAACAAUGAGCCUAUCACUGGAGCUGGAUGAGUGUAAUUUCAAUGGACUAUUUUAAAAUUUUAGUUGGGUCAAAGUUUGGCUUCAAACAGGAUUAGGACUUGGAAUAUUUUUCUUAUGGGCUCACUGGAGUGGAGUUUUAUUGGCUUGAUUCAAUCAAUGAAGAUAACCAAAAGAGCGAAAAAGACAAACAUUUG